AAUGUCUGUGUAUUACACAGGGUUUAGCAUUUUAAGGCAAACAAACGUUAUGAUGAAUAAUUCCAAAGUAUGAGUGGCUUUCAAAAGCUACUGGCCAUGGUUACUCAGCCGCGUUUUCGUCUCACCCAAGCAACACCCAGCCUCUUCUUCAGCCAAACAUUACCCUCAAGCUUCGGAUUCUGAACUGGGGUUUUAGGGUUUAUCAGAGUAUUAUGUGUUGCAGAAGUUCAAUAUGAUUGACUCUGGGCUUUUUGAUGAGAAUGGCAAUGGCAAUGACCAUAGCUCAGAUGAUAUGUUUGAUGGCAUCAUUGAUAUUUUUGAUUUCCCCAUGGAAGAUGUGGACAUUGGUGGAGAGGUAGAGGAGCUGCAACGUGAAUCAUCACCUUUGAAUGAUUUAUUGGCCCUUCCCUGUCCUUUCUCGGGCAAUUCUUGCAAUGACACUUCAAACCUUCGAACAAUUCCAUCUGAUGAAGCUCCUCGGACAGAGCCAAUCGUCAUAGAUACUUGUAGUGGAAAUAUUUCCCUCCAUGGGGAUUCUUCUGAUGACAAAGAAUCACUGCUGCUGCAAAACUCUACAACCUCUGAAUCCGGAAAAUCUGCCUCUGAACCAUUUGCCCAAACCAUUGAAGCUUCAGAAGGCUAUCCCAACUUCAUGAAAGGAAAGCAGAAGAAGAAAAAGAGAAAGAAGCUAUCACUGCUAUCAGGCGCUAUGGGGGUAAAGAAACAGUGGUGGCAGCAGCCGAUUACAAUUGGGAGAUGCAUGCACUGUAAUGUAACAAGGACCCCACAAUGGAGGGAAGGACCAAAUGGGCCCAAGACUCUUUGCAAUGCAUGUGGAGUUUGCUACAAGCGUGGCAGCCUCUUUCCAGAGUACCGUCCUGCAUCCAGCCCUACUUUUGUUCCAUCUUUGCACACAAACUCCCGCAGAAAAGUUACCGAGAUGAGACACAAAGCUGGUCAAGAGGCUGCUGUUGGAGCAAGUCCAACCUUUCUUACUACACCUCUGCACACCAACUCCCGCGACAAGGUUAUAAAGAUGAGCAACAAAGCCGGUCAGGCUGGGGACUCUUGCAGUGAGGUUGUGGAGAUAAGAAACAAAGGCAUCCAGGUGGGGGCUACCUUCCUUGCAACUUCAGAUUCAAAGCCCGAUGAGAAAGUUACUGAAGCUGACAUGGAGGCUUCUACGGCAGUUAGUCCCAUCCCUGUUGCAACUUUGCCCUCACCCCACAGGAAGGUGAUUAAGAUGAGAAGUAAUGGUGGGCAGGAGGCUGCUAUGGCCACAACUCCUACCUUUGUUGCAUCAUUACACUCAAACUCCCACAAAAAAUGUUCCUUCCAGCAGCCAGUUACUGUUAGAAAAUGCAUGCAUUGUGAGGCAGCACAGACCCCUUUAUGGAGGCAAGGACCAUGGGGACCCAAGAGCCUCUGCAACGCAUGUGGGAUUCGAUACAAGUCUGGCCGUCUCUUCCCAGAGUACCAUCCUGCUGCCAGUCCUACCUUUGUUGCAUCUUUGCACUCAAACUCCCACAAGAAAGUCUUAGAGAUGAGAAACCAGGCUACCCAACAACAGCUUUCUUUGGCUGCAACAGAUACGGCAAUGUCCCACCCCUCACAACUCAUUCCAUGAACAAGGGAAAGGCAAAAAAGAAGAGUAGAGAAAACAUUAAAGCUGUUCAACUGCUAGUCACCCCAUUUUCACUGCCGGUAUAGCCAUUCUCCCAUUCAGAAGGUGAACUGGUGAACCGAAUCAGACCAGGGUCCGAUCCGGGAGUUGAAUUGGUCCAAUCGUCCGGGCCAGUUAGUUCGGUUUUUAAAUCAUUGAUUAAGUAGUGAGUAAAUUAAGAAUUUCUCAACACUUUGCUCUAGCAUCCCUCAAGGGUGUGCCGUGCGGGUGUCACCAACGUGCUCUUGCAGGGCCUGGGACUGAAUUAUUAGACAGAAGCCCAAUACCAUCUUCCAGCCGUGGAAACCGAAAGCACAGGCCCAAAAUGCGACCGAAGCACGAGGAAUCCGAGUGGAGGGCAACCUUCAUUGAUGGAGAGGGGGUCCAGGUGUCAUUAAUUAAUUGGAUGGAAAGCUGACUUGUCGAUGAGGACAUCUGUACAUAUGUUUCUCUGACCUGGUCCCAUAACCCCCAAUCUCCACUCCACAGUUCACCCCAACACUCGAGCUGUCUAUUGACUCCAUUUAAAGGUGCCACCCCACCAGGCCACGCCUUGGAGCUCAUUAUUUGACUUUGAAUGAUUCAUUCAUUCACAUUCUUCUCAUUCUUAAUUUUGUCCGUAGAAAUUAUUUUCAUUAAAAAUUUGCCAUUGUUCACCAUUCAUAGAUUUCCAAUAUUAUAAUAAUAAUAAUAAUAAUAAUCAUAAUUUGUAACGUAAUAAUUCCGACAAGGUCCGAAUGUGCAUUCCAUGUGUUCACGUUGAUUGUCGAAAUACUUUUUCUAGUACCACACAUGAUACAACCUUUUAUUUAUACGGAUCAAACAUAGUUUGAUUUGUGUAUGAAAAAUCAGUUGAUGUAUAAAAUUUGGAGGAUCGACCAAGAAAAGGUUAAAGACAUGAACAUGACAUUUCUCUGUUAUACUUCUCACCUGUCAUAUGGUCCCAGGAAUUUAUUGUUCAGUUGGCGUGCACAUCCACCUGCGAUCCCAGGCGUACACGUGUCAUGUGGCUGGUCCACCUUCUGGAGGGGGUGGACCCCCCCACUGCAUUGGAAGACAAAACGACAGAGAUUCCAUGAAGUGGGGCCCAACACGCAGUGAAACGUCGCAUCGCUCGCUUGAUCAGCCCAACCCCACCCCUUUAAUGAUGGGGCUUGUUAAUGAACCCAGAUCAAGCCACUGCUGCUCCAACACGUGGUACAUCACACUCCUCAGCCACCCAGCGGUCAACCACUUCGGCCUCCAACUGUUGGGUUGUCCCUUAGCUGUCAAGGGGGAUGAGUGAGCACCGGGGGCGCAUGUUAGCGUGGGCGGUCUGGAGGGAAGAUAUCGGCGUCAGUGACAGUGGCGUCAGUUGGGCUGUCGCCCUUUUUGGGUAGGGACCCAAACCAUGGUCCAUGCCUCCAUGGUUAAGCCCGAUUAAAUCGCCGAUGUGGGAGGCGAGGGCUUAUUGCCUGGUAAGCAAAACAAAAACAAAAAGGAGAUGGAACUAAAAAGUGAAGAGACGGGUGUGACGGUUUAUGGUAUGGUAUUCGUGAUUUGAUCUGUUUUGGUUUGCACUUAUAGGCUCUCAAUUGUUUGUGAAAAAAGGGUUGGGCAAAGAAAUUUACACCAACCAAAUUCCACCCUUUUCAUUACAACCGCCUAAAUGGGUCUUCUGAUU